UCGAUCGGAGACCAGUUGAUCAUUGUCCCCACACUUUGAACCAGUACACAUUGGAAACCCGUCCGGAACCAAGCAACUAACUCCAAUCGAUCGACAUGUGUUGGAAAAGAACAACGUACCUGUGCAGUUUCCUCUUUUUCGUGAGUAUCACUCUACCAACCCAUCUUUUGGCUUCGUCGGCGGAGAACGAAACUGAAACCGAGCAAGGUCGGUUCCUUCUUUGGGGCAGACCGAUUCUGAUUGUCCCACCGACGUCGCCUACCCGUCAUCAGCUUAUCUCCGGUAUUGGUGUUCCGCUGUCGGCGCAAGAAUCUAUAACUUUCGGAUGGGUAUUUAAAGCUCAGUACUUUCUGCCGACCCAGCUCUCUAAUCUUAGGCCAAAUUUGUGGGCAGGAUGGAACGAUACUCGACGAUCGCUGGAGAAACGCGAAGCGGUAACCAUGAUGCCUGACCAACACUACGAGAAGUAUACGGCAACGGAUGUUAAAGUGGAAACGGAGCAGUUACCAGAUGAAGAGGAAGCGAUUGACGGAAGUGAUGAGUACGAUGAUGAUUUUGAAGAUGGAGACGAUAACUACUGGUUGGAUGAGGAAGAAGAAAAAAAGUUUCAGGAGGUGAAUGACAUGCACCCCCCGGCUGAUACACAUCCACCAGAAGACGGUUAUAGUACGGAACACUCUCGCUGGACGGCGUACAAAGUGAUGGAGAAGAUGGGGGAGAGUUACGGAUUCGGAGGACGAGCCUGUAUGUUACGCAGUAUAUGCGAAGCUGCUGCGGCAGAGUUCACCCACACGGGUGGAGUGUUUGCCGAGCUGUUUCAUAUUGUGUUUACACCAUCGACAACGGCGGAACCGCUUUCGGAGCACCGUGACAACGAGUACUACCGAGCUGAACAGCUAGGACGAGAGGGAGCCCCUUGCAAGCAAGUAUUUCAAGAGUGCAAAAACACGAUACUUGACGUUUUCACCGGUGUGCAUGACCCAGUUACCAAUGCGCUCGACGUGGCGCAUAACAAGUUGCGACAAGCGAUUAUGAAGUAGUACUACUAAUAAAAAGACUGAUACUCUAGUAUAAGAAAAUUGUAAUCUUGUACAUAAUAGGGCAACUAUAUUAUUUCUAACUAAUAUUUACUUAUCUCACCUGGUUAUCCAAUUAUAUCUAAGAAAACAGA